AUGUCAUCAUCUCGAACAAGCUCCCUGUCAUGUCGUGGCAUGCGCGGUCGUGGCAGAGGAGCGAAGUGCCGUGGUGGGUGGCGAAAAUAUGGUCUUGGACGCAAUCAGCCGUAUCAGCAUUCAAUCACUUUGCGAACGCCGUCUGUGACACCCCCUCAUAUCAGCUCUGUGCGGUAUGCUACAAUCACCCCUUCCACCAGCUUCGUGCAGGACGACCAGAGCGGCUUCCAACCACGAGACGACGACUUCCUGGAGCAAGUGGUUAUGGCUGUCGAUAUAAAAGAGGGAGGAAAAGUCGGCUGUGCAUGCUUCAUUGCAGGAGAAGAGCGGUUGUUGUGUAUGGAAGAAGUCAUUGGUGGCGGAAGUGAGAUUGUCGAGAGACUGAAACUUGAUCUUCAGCCGACCACAGUCAUCCUUUCUCCUCGGUCAGGUGCUACCGCCGACAAUGCCAAUGAUCGGCUUGGCCGCAACACGUCGCUUGUUGAUGGUGAUGAAGGCCAGCCUCCUCUGCCUUACCAGAUUGAGAUGCGACCUACACCCGAAUUCCACUACGAUGCUGCUCUCACCAAAUUGGCCGGCCUCCGUGCGUUCGCCGAGGACAGUACCGCUGAGCUUCUCAUUCCAGGCGAGUCGAUGCUAUACGAGGAGGACUUGCAGCCUGAGGAGCUUGGUCUGACGAAGGGAAGAGGCAAGCUGAUCCAAAUUUCGGCAUGGCUAGACGUGGAAAACAAGAUCAGCAUCGGCUGUGCCGGUGCAAUCAUAUCCCACUUGCAACGAAGACAAGCCACAGUUUAUCUGCCCAACGGUCGUGACGCCAACCAGUCAUUUCGUGUUGCCAGGCUCGAGAUGUUCAGUCUAAAUGCAACCAUGCUUAUCAACACAGAUACUCUGGUCUCACUGCAGGUCUUCCAACCAGAAUCACAGCCCAACGGGUUCAAUCUAGGACCAGGUACUUCGGGAGCAAAGGGAUCUCAUUCGAUCUAUGACUUGUUCCUUCAACAUGCGAAAAGCCCACAAGGGAGAGCUCAGUUGCGAAAGGCGUUCUUGAGACCCUCGCUGGAAGUCGACUAUAUCAACUCUCGCCUCGACUUCAUCUCAGUAUUCGUCCGCCCGGAAAAUCAGUCCGUGCGAGACAAGCUCAGCAAGAGCCUUGGUCGGAUCAAGAACAUGCGGAAUACAAUCACCCUCCUCCACAAGGGCAUCGACAGUGGCAAGGCAAAGCAAAGGUUUUGCUAUCAUGCCAUCGACAUUGCCGAAACCCUAGGCGAGGCGCUCCGAGCGGAGCGCCUUCCACUGUGCGUCAGCGCUGCUAACGUCCUCGAUCGGAACAGCUUGAAGAGGAUCGGACGGACGGUGGACGAUGUAGUGGAUCGUGAAUCGUCCAUGGACCAGCACCGCACCGUGGUCAAACGAGGCAUAAAUCAAGAACUCGAUAAACUCAAGGCGUUGUACGACAGCAUGGAAGAUUUAUUGGUUGACAAGGCCCGUGAAAUCCAGAUGCAAAUUCCGCUCGAACUGAGCUUGGAGAUCAAUGUCACCUACAUUCCGCACAUGGGCUUCCAUAUUACGAUUCCAAGAGACAGCGCCACUGGUCAGGCCGUCUUCAGCGGGCAAGAUCUAGGGUGGCAGCUGAUUUUCACCACCUCAUCUCAAGCCUACUUCAAGGACGAAACAAUGAACGGCCUGGAUAAUGAGCUGGGAGACUUGUACUCCGCGAUUUGUGAGAUGGAGGUGGAGAUUGCCUACGAUCUGGCGCAGAGUAUUCUUCAAGACGAAGAUCUUCUCAUCGCUGCGUCUGACUUGUGCGGUGAGUUGGACUGCUCAUUGGCAUUUUCUCACGUCGCGUACCACUGCAAGUUGACUCGGCCAAAGAUCACAAAGGAGAAUGUGAUCAUCAUCGAAGGAGGGAGACACUUGCUGCAAGAGAUGGCGGUACCCUCCUUUGUCGCCAACGACACUUAUCUUGUCGGCGGCAAUGGAUCGGAUGGCACAGAUGGACCUAACAUGCUAUUGUUGACUGGGCCCAACUACUCGGGCAAGUCUGUCUACCAGAAGCAGGUCGCUUUGGCAGUCUACAUGGCUCAAAUAGGAUCUUUCCUGCCAGCCGAAGCCGCAACCAUCGGCAUCACCGACAAAAUCCUAACUCGCAUUACAACCCGGGAAACUGUGUCGAAGGUCCACUCUGCUUUCAUGAUCGAUAUGCAGCAGAUUGCCAUGGCCUUGAACUCGUGCACAAGAAGAAGUCUGGUGGUGGUUGACGAGUUUGGCAAGGGAACUGACACAUGUGACGGCGCCGGACUUGCAACAGGAGUAUUUCAACAUUUGCUAUCGUUGGGAACCAAUGCCCCAAAGACACUGGUGGCCACCCAUUUCCACGAGAUUUUCGACUUGGGUGUUUUCGAGAACGCCACGAACCUGUCCUUGGCGCAUAUGGAGGUGCAAGUCGAGCCGCAACAUGAACAAACUGCCGGAAAGCACCACAGCGAGAUAACAUAUUUGUACAACCUUCGUCCCGGCAGAAGUAACUUGUCCUACGGGAUACAAUGUGCGGCUAUGAAUGGCGUCCCCGUAGAAGUCGUGGAGCGAGCUGUUGAAUUGGCUCGAUUGGCCCAGCAAGGUGAGGAUUUGGUCGCAAUCUGUUCGGCCCUGACAGAAGAUGCGAAGGAGGAGUUGGAGCACGCGCAAAACUCUGCUCAGAUAUUCGUGGACCAAGAUUUUGAUCGAGACUGGACCAAGGAUGAGUUGGUGGCUACGUUGGACGCCAUGCUUGAGGUCGUGACAGCUACGGAGAUCAACUUGUCGGAUUGA